GCCGUUUCAGGGAAAUACGCUCCCUGGCCGGGGAAGUGAGGGGGAAGAGGCUAUGGAGUCUCGAUCCGAAGCCAGUCAGUUGUCAAUGAACACGAGGGCGGCCGACAUGAUGGCGGACGACCGAAGGCCGGCAGCGGCUCAGCAAGAGCGGCCACCAGAGAUCGAAGUGAUCGUUGAUAGAAACGUCCACCAUAACCUCCCCACUGCCGAUGACAUAGAGUGGAAACGCGAGGAGUCGGAGGCAGACCUUCACGAGGAUGCCACAGACGUGAGGGAGCGGGCGUCCUUCGGUGUGCGACUCGGAAGCUCCCGACUGCCGCCCGCCAGACCAGGCUACGUAGGGCUUGAGACGCCUUCGCUGGUUGCAGCAGAGGACGAGGAAGAGGGAGAUGAAGAGGGCGAGGAAGAGGACGAGGAGCGUUCCUCCUCUCCGGGCAGGAAGCUCGGGUGGAAGGGCAUUGACUUCUGGCCCCCACGGUUGCAGGAAGCAGCGCGAGAGAGAGAGAGAGAGAGAGUAAGGUCCAUGGACUUCGCUUUCGAGCUCGCCCGAAACAACGAGCUACGAGAGCUAGAAGGGGAAGGGGGAGGGGAAGGGGGAGGGGGAGGGGGAGGGGGAGGGGGAAGAGGGAGAGAAAUGGACGUUGCUUUCAUGUUCCCUAUGAACCAGGGAGAGAGACAGAAGUCAAGAGGAGGAGCGGGAGGAGAACGGGAUUUCACGGGCGCUGCUGCUGAGCUCCGUGGGCACCAAGAACAAGCGGGGCAGACGCCACGGGGAGGACCAGAGGUGUCAGGAGGGCGAGGACUCCGAGGAGGACGAGAUUCGGCCGGCGUUGCUUUCCAGUUGUCUCGGGAACUGCAACGAGGGAGGCGUACCCAAGGAGGAGGAGGAGGGGGGCAGGCGGACAGGAUAUCCACUUCAAUCCGAGACAGGCUGAGAGAGGGAUCUGAACUUGCUGAAGCAGAGUCUGAGGAGUCAUCAGACGGUAUGGAAAGGGUCCGAGGAGGCGUCCUGCCUGGUGGACCAAUGGCAGCGUCGCGACCUGCACAUAGGAGUCGCCCUGGCCAGUCCGAGAUUGACGAAAGGGAGGAUGUCCAGGUGUUUGCACGGCGGGAUUCAGCAGCGGCACCUCAGAGGGGCACGGUAUUGGGGACCCAGGGGGGGCCACAUACGCUUGGAGUCCAGAUCCGAGAUGACAGAAAGGGGUUGGCUGGGGGGAGCGGGCAAGGACGGCAACGUGGAGGAAGGUAUGCUGUGCCGAACGAGGACCUGAAGUCGAACGGGGAUCGAGGAGGAGGAGGGCCGGGAAAGGGGCCGGGACGAGGACCGGGACGAGAACCGGGUCCGGAUCGCAAUGGCGAGGGCGAGAGCGAGAGCAAGGAGGAGAACCAAGAUCCAGCUAUGGCCACCAGGAAGGAGAUGCAGUGGACGUCCCCCGUUGAUUCUAAAGAAGAGCGUCCUGUUCUCGAUACGGCCAGCUGCGUAUCGAAACUAGCCUUCUCUUGGGUCAAGCCACUGCUGGAUUUAGGUUCUCGAGGGGUACCUUUGGAUUCUGACAACAUGCCAAGCUUGCAUAGGAAACACAAGGCGAGGUAUAUGGGAGAUAUGCUGACAGAUGCCUGGAACAGAGAGUGCAUGAAAGCCAGAGAGAAGGGGAGAAAGCCAAGCUACUUCAAGGCUGUCUUUUUUGCGUUCCUUCGAAAUGUAAUCAUCAAUUUCCUCCUCAUGGUCCUCCUGAGCGGUCAGAGAAUAUCGGCAGCAGUGAUGGUGAAAGUGCUGGUGGAGUGGGAGCCGGAUACUCUGGGGAUAACUUUGGACCUGUGGGAGGUCGCGGGGUACUUGGAUUUGGGACCACAGGUCCCACAGGUGGUUGAACCUCUGGAACGGCCCCAGAGCGUCCAGGCACCUCCUUUGGUGGCAUACUGGGCGAGAGCUCCGAUGGGAUAUUGGGAGGCUGAACCACUUGCCAAAUCUCAAACGGACCAAGAACAGAAGCCGCAGCAGCAACAGCGACAGGAGCAGCAGUCCAAGAGACUACAGACAGAGAAGCUGCACAAGGAUGAUCGCCGGGACACCAACAGUGACAACGACAAUGACAACAAUGACGACGAGAUGAAGACCAGCGAUCUGAAAGCCAGAGAGAAGGGGAGAAAGCCAAGCUACUUCAAGGCUGUCUUUUUUGCGUUCCUUCGAAAUGUAAUCAUCAAUUUCCUCCUCAUGGUCCUCCUGAGCGGUCAGAGAAUAUCGGCAGCAGUGAUGGUGAAAGUGCUGGUAAAUUAUUUGGAUCCUGCCAAGGAGGAGUCUAAGUGGGUGGGUUUCACCCUUGCACUUUCCAACGGGAUCGUGACCUGGAUGUACGCUAUUUUCCUUCACCAGUUUGUCUACCUUGCCAAGUGCAUGAGUAUUCAGGCACGAGUCGGCUCCAUGGUUCUGGUCAACAGGAAGCUUCUGAGUUUAAGUGCUGGCGCGCUUGCAUUUACGACAACGGGAAAGUGUAUUAACCUCAUAGCCAAUGAUGUCAGACAGCUGGACGAUUUCUGCGACAACGCACUUUUCCUAAUCGGGGACAUUUGGGAUGAACAAACACAAGACUGGAUUAUGGAACAGGAUCUGAGACUUUAUCUGCCGAGGCUGCAUAAUGUGAGAAUUCAUUUUGCAGCGCUGAAAGCGGCUAUUCCACAAGCUUGGAAAGCCUUAUUGAAGGGUGAAGUUCCUCCGAAUGGUAGAGUUUGGGUAAGAGCACCUACAGUCGAAGAGAAGUUUUGGAGAUUGAUGGGCUCGGAUUCCGCCCAUGGUACGAGGAUUCAGGAAUUGAAACCAGUCGGUUACACGUAUAGGGCACAAUCGCAUACAAGGCCUUUGAAGCUAGUGGAGGAAAGAACAGAACGGGAUAUAGGCAAUUUGGAGGAAGUAAGAGUUGGGAUCUCCAAAGACAGAGAAGGAAAGGAGGUUUGUAUUGGGGGCGUCUCAGUUGACAGGUAUAAGACGGAACCGUUCAUUUAUGGCUGGAGGCUAGGACAUCAGCAAGGGAAUCUGCUCCCCCUGAUCCAGUACUCUACAAAGACAGGCAGGGAAAUACAGCGUAUGAAGAGGACUUUGAACUUCGGACCUCAGGGGCCCAGUCCCACUGGCAACUGGCUGGGAUCGGAUUAAGCACCUGAAUCUGGAUGUGUUUUAUGCAGAUGUGCAGAAAAGCAGAUCAAUUACAAUGUUCAGCAUCUCUCCACAAACACGUCCCGAUUCAGGCGUUCAAUUCAAUC